AUUGGUAGGAACAAGUCUACAGUUCCUUGUACAAGCUGUGAUAUCGGUAUCGUAUCCUUGAGUCCCAAGAAUAGGUUUCACGAGGAUUAUGUUCAAUCGCCAAUGGCCAAUUGUCAAUAUCAUUGUCCAUUUUCCGUCUAUCAAUUUUAUUCUGAAUGUUUCCCGAAUUUUUCAUACCAUCGUCAUUCCGAUUAAAAUCUAGCAUUACGAUCUCGUUUUACUUCAACACAAAACGAUGACUGCUGGGUACUCGAAGGGUCAGGUAAUUGCGCUGGGUGCCAUUUUUGGGGCUUUGCCAAUACCUUUUGUUCUCCUUCGCUUCUACGCCAGGCGUCUUACUCGAGCGCCAUUCAAGGUUGACGACUGGCUUAUCAUUCCCGCAGUGAUAUUCAACCUUGCGAUAGGAACAGUUCUGAUCGCUGAUGCCAUACAUGGAGAAUUGGGAUCGCAUCAAAGCAAAGUGUUUGGCCCUGAUGGACAACUGAUUAUGCAUCGGGAGUUGGUCAAUUACGAAAAGAUGAAGAUUGUUAUCCACCUCCUAAAUCUCUCGAUCUUGGGAAUAUGCAAACUCUCUGUCCUUUUUCUGUAUCGGCGUAUUUUCGUCACAAAACCAUUCCAGACUGUUGUCGACGUGAUGAUUGGCGUGGUUUUGGUCUGGGCCCUGGGCUUCCUCGUUGCCGAUCUAUGCCAAUGCAUCCCGAUAUCAGUAAUAUGGACGAAGUUCGAAUAUGAAUACGCAAACUAUUGCGUGGACGUCGUUUCGUUUUACUGGGCGAUCAGUGUCACCGAUGCUGUAACAGAUUUUAUCAUCUUGGCGCUGCCGCUGCCGAUGGUCUGGAAUCUCAGGCUGCCUCUGCAACAGAAGGUUGCUGUUGGUGGCAUGUUUCUCCUUGGUGGCUGUGUUGUUGCUGCGUCACUCGCUCGACUCAUCGUCUUCAUUCAAGUUGGCAGGGAUCUGAUGGUCCACUUCGACGAUGUAACUUAUUACACCACUCCAGUAUUUUACUGGUCCACGAUCGAGGGCUCCCUAUCUUGUAUUUCAGCUUGUCUCCCAACACUGAGACCUGUCCUACUGAAAUGGCUUCCUCUCUCCAUUACUGGCGGUUCACGAAGAAGCACAUCAAAAGGCAGUUCGUUUGGAAACCUUACAGCCGAUGCACAGAAGCCUAGUUAUAGGAUAGAUGGAACCUCGCGCAACUCUCCCACUCCUUCAUCUGACAAGGCCAGGAACAGUUCAAUGGAUGACGAUAAAGGUUCGGAUCUGGAACUCGGCGCCCUGUAUCACGCGACCGUGACCGAAACAAACAACACUAGUUCGUCUGCGACAUUGCAUAACUCUUUGAACUCCACGACAAUCCCCAGUCCGAAGCUAGACUUCUCUCCUGAGGAUGAAGUUGCUAGCAGCGCAGAUCGCCGUCACUGGUCAGUGCUCAGAGGGGUAAAAGGGGAGGAUGAAAGAGUUCAAGAAGAGCAGGGUGAAUACAGCCGGAUGAGUCGAGGUACCGCACCCUCGCUUCAUUCGAUUCAUGUCCACAGGGAUAUGCGCUGGGAGCGGGAACAUAUAUAGUCCCCCCUCCAUGACCGAUUACGUGUUUAUGGUUAGCUAUCAAGCGGGUUUUCUUUCUUUACAGGGUACAAUUUUUCCAAGUUUCCUCUCGAUAUAUGAACGGAGUAGAAUGUCUAUUGGGAGGCCUCACUAAGAUGCCAUGGAACAUAUGAAGCCUUAUUUUCAUAGUACCACUGCUGAAUACUCCAUUAUGCGAGCUUGGGUUCCUGUCUCUGAAAAACCAUGCGUACAUCGUUGCUAUUGCGCUUGGGAGGAUUUUUUGAAGUAGCACCGUCUAUAUUUCAACUUCAGCAGACCGAUCC